AUGCCAGCGCCCAUCAGGCUACCUUCGGAACGCUCGUCAAACCCGCUCGCCCAAUCCUGGGCUCGCCUGAAGCGGGUGCGAGGGCUGCGAGACCUGCACGCCUGGUCGCUUCGAUCCUUCCCUCUGGGCGACCUGCCUCUGCGGAUACGGCCGGUCUUCGUCGUCUACACCUUCCUUACCCUCGUCGUUCUUUCGCUCCUCGGAUUUCAUCCAACGCUCGCGCACCACCUCGCCCCUCCGUCCGUCCCGUUCAGCGACAAAGUCCUCCACUUUGUUUGCUUCUUCUGCGCCACCGCACUCUUCUACACAUGCUGGGUCGUCGAGGAGCAAGCGCGGAGAGUCUGGUUCUGGCGGUGGUGGAACGAACUAAGCAGCGCAGUCGUUUGUCUCGGCUUCGGCGGCAUCCUCUCGGAAUUCGUCCAAGCGCUCCUCCCCUCACACACCUUCCAGCCAGGCGACAUCCUCGCGAACCUCCUCGGCUCAUCUCUCGCCAUCUUCCUCUGCUCGCACUACUCGCGCGAACGACGGCGAGAACGGGAACUGCGAAGGUUGUACGACGAGUUGGGCGAGAUGAGCGAGAGCGAGGGAGAAGAGGAGGAGGGGUUGAUAGGCGCGAGGGAGGAGAGGGAGAUGGAGGAGGGACGGAAGCAGGGAGGUACGGAGGAGCGCAGGCUGGCAAGUGUCGCGAGCGGUUUGGGCAGCCGCGCGCAGCGGAAGGAGGCGCAGGAUCCGUGGAGCGCAAGGGAGGACGAGAUCUUUGGCCUGGGCGGCGACGACGAGGACGACGAGCCAGCGCCAGCCGGGCGGCGACGAGACGACGGGCCUCUCUAG